AUGGGAACCCCUGGAUUCUUCAUCGCUCAAUUACGCACACCCGUUCCUCAAUUGACGACCUCCUUCGCCGGAAAGACUGUCAUUGUGACAGGCUCGAAUGUUGGUCUCGGUCUAGAAGCCGCACGGGAUUUUACCCGAAAUGGAGCCUCCAAAGUUAUCCUAGCCGUGCGGUCGCUUUCCAAGGGUGAAGCUGCAAAAAGAGACAUCGAGACCAGCACUGGCAACAAGAACGUCGAAGUAUGGCAGCUGGACCAGUCGUCCUACCAGUCUGUACUUGACUUCGCAGACCGUGCCGAAAAGGAACUGCAAAGGCUGGACGCCGUGGUGUUGAAUGCGGGCAUUUCAGCACCGAAGUGGGAAGUCUAUGAGCAGGACGAAUCAACUCUCACUGUGAAUGUUGUAUCCACAUUCCUGCUACUACUCGCACUGCUGCCCAAACUCAAUGACACGGCCAACAAGUUCAAUACCCGGCCGAUUGUCACGGUGGUCGCGUCAGCGAUGCACGGCGCUGCGCGCUUUGCAGAGAAAGAUGCACCAGAAGGAAAGAUCUUCGAGGCUCUGAAUACGGAGCAUAAUGGUGGAGUAUUGGCCUUGCAGGAACGCUAUAACUUGACGAAGUUGUUGGAUGUUCUUCUUGCUCGAGAGAUAGCGGAUCGACUGUCCAGUUCCAACAGCCCCGUCAUAGUCAACAGCGUCUGUCCUGGGUUCUGUGCUUCCGAGCUUGCCCGAGACGUUACGGGUGUGGUGAGGGUUGUGUAUGUCAUAAUGAAGGCACUUCUUGCGCGUACCAGUGCGCAAGGUGGUCGAACUCUCAGUCAUGCGGCAAGUCAAGGACCGGAAGGGCAUGGGAAGUACUUUAGUAAUUUCAAAAUUACUGAGCCUUCGCCCUUUGUGAGGAGUCCGGAGGGCCAAGUGGUACAGCGGCGGGUUUGGGAUGGAUUGAAGAAGUAUGAGGUGAUUAGGCCGGGCAUCACAGCCGGUUUGUAG